AUGUUGGGAGUUAUUCAGGCAAGCCAAUAUGAAAACACGUUCUCGGAAAUAUAUAGCUACCAAAAAAAGAUGGGUCUGUCAAUAGUACUGGAAGAAUACAAAGCAACUUUAAAGAUGGAUGAAGAGAAGUUAAGAAAUGUGACGAAACAAAUUGGAAUGCUGACAAAUGAAAUCAAUCAAAAACUCUCAAGGAAAUCACUAUCGAUUAAUCAAUAUGUGGAUUGUAUGGGAAAAGUUUUAGAAGGUGAUAAUAGUGUUAAACAAACACAAGGUAUUAUCGGUCUUAUAAACCUAGUGAAAUCACAACGCACCUACAUUAAUCAAUAUAAUACCGAUUUGUUAGCACAUCAGUAUCUUCUAGAAAUUAUCAAUGAGAUUUAA